CAGCAUAUGCUCAAUGGUACGUAACCAUGAUGUUAAAAGAUCUGAGUUUAGAUCCAACGAUGAAAAUGUUUAUAAAUAACACCAAAUGUGGGUCUACAGUGUCUUGUACGACUUAGAAACACAAUAACUCUAAGACUUCCAAAGAGUGAUACCGCAUCAUUCUCAAGAUUCUGAAGAAGGAAGCUACAGCAACAUACGUAGGCCUCUUAGAAACCUAAAAUAUAAUUGAGCUUAGUACCAUAGAUCCACAAGUUUCAAAACUCAAAAAUGGCAGCUGCUUCAGUUGUUCCCGUGGCAUACCAGCAAGGUCUUGUUCCUGCAGUGCCCGAUUGGCUGAACAAAGGAGACAAUGCAUGGCAAAUGAUUUCUGCAGCACUCGUGGGUAUGCAAGGCAUGCCUGGACUGGUAAUCCUCUAUGCUGGCCUCGUCAAGAAGAAAUGGGCACUCAACUCAGCUUUCAUGGCACUCUAUGCCUUUGCAGCUGUCAUGCCUUGCUGGGUGCUCUGGGGUUACAAGAUGUCCUUUGGCCAUAAGCUUCUUCCAUUGUGGGGCAAAGCUGGUCUUGCUGUUUCCCAGGACUAUUUGAUCCCACAAGCCCUUCUACCAUCCACACAAUACAAAAAUGUUACUUCUGCUAUUCAACCACUUUACCCCACAGCUACCAUGGUUUUCUUUCAGUAUGCCUUUGCAGCUGUCACAGUUAUACUCCUUGCAGGGGCAGUUUUAGCUCGGAUGAGUAUCAAAGCUUGGAUGGCCUUUGUACCACUCUGGAUCACUUUCUCCUACACCGUUGGAGCGUAUAGUAUUUGGGGUGGAGGAUUCCUCUUCCAGUGGGGAGUCAUGGAUUAUUCAGGCGGUUAUGUUGUCCAUUUAGCUUCUGGAGCAGCAGGAUUUACAGCAGCUUAUUGGGUUGGACCAAGAUUGAAGGAAGAUAGGGAAGAAUUUCCACCAAACAAUCUCUUGCUUGCCCUGACUGGUGCUGGAAUUCUAUGGAUGGGCUGGACAGGUUUCAAUGGUGGAGAUCCUUUUGCUGCCAAUGUCGAUUCCUCCCUUGCUGUCCUCAACACUCACAUCUGUGCAGCGACCAGUCUCCUUGCAUGGACAUGCUUGGAUGUAAUAUUCUUCAAGAAGCCCUCUGUGAUUGGGGCCAUCCAGGGAAUGAUUACAGGGCUAGUCUGUAUUACUCCUGGUGCAGGUCUUGUUCAGAGUUGGGCCGCGCUACUAAUGGGUAUUCUUUCUGGUACCAUUCCCUGGUACACCAUGAUGUGCCUGAGCAGGCAGAUACCACUGGUAAGGGAUGUCGAUGACACACUUGGUGUCCUUCAUACCCAUGCUGUUGCAGGAACCUUAGGAGGGGCUCUCACAGGACUCUUUGCACAUCCAGACCUCAGUAGCAUGUUCCUGGCAGUCCCCAAUUCUGAAGGAGCUUUCUAUGGCAGUCAUGGAGGAGUUCAAUUUCUGAAGCAGUUGGUAGGAGCAAGUUUUAUAAUAGGUUGGAAUGUACUAGUUACAUCUAUCAUUCUCCAGGUCAUUAAACUUGUAAUUCCCCUGCGGAUGACUCAUGAAGAGCUCGACAUUGGGGACAAUGCAGCACACGGUGAAGAAGCAUAUGCCCUCGCUGGAAAAGGACAGAGGGAAAAAUCUACAGAGUAUAGGCUGAAUGAAUAUAGUUUUGGAGGUGCAGAACCCUAAAUAUUAUCUUA